AUGUUCCUAAGACCCAAUAAAAACGAAUGCUUUAGAUGCAAAGAUGACUAUUAUCCCAACAUAAGAAAAGACUUCUGUGUUCCAAAAAUUUUCAGUUUCUUGACUUACAAAGAACCUUUAGGGUUGAGUUUAGCCUGUCUUGCACACUCUUUUUCCCUAGUCACAGUUCUGGUGUUAGGAAUAUUUGUGAAGAACCAUAACACUCCCAUCGUCAUAGCCAACAACCGGGAUCUGACCUACAUUCUCCUCAUCUCUCUCCUGCUCUGCUUCCUUUCUGCACUUCUAUUCAUUGGCCAGCCUGGAAAAGUGACCUGUCUUUUGCAACAAACUACAUUUGGAAUGGUCUUCUCAGUGGCUGUUUCUUCUAUCUUGGCAAAAACUAUCACAGUGAUUCUAGCAUUUAUGGCUACCAAACCAGGUUCCAGAAUGAGGAAGUGGGUGGGGAAGAAAUUAACCAGUUCCAUUGUUGUUGCUUGCUCCCUCGUCCAAGCAAGCAUCUGUAUUUUAUGGUUGUCAAUGGCUUCCCCCUUCCCAGAUGUUGAUAUGGUCUCAGUGCCUGAAGAAAUUGUACUACAAUGUAAUGAAGGCUCUGUGGUCAUGUUUUAUUGUGUCCUUGGCUAUAUGGGAUUCCUGGCUCUUAUCAGCUUCACCACAGCUUUCUUUGCUAGGAAGUUACCAGACAGUUUCAAUGAAGCCAAGUUCAUCACCUUCAGCAUGUUGGUCUUUUGCAGUGUUUGGUUGUCCUUUGUCCCAGCAUAUUUGAGCUCCAAGGGGAAAUACAUGGUGGCUGUGGAGAUUUUUUCCAUCUUAGCCUCCGGUGCUGGGCUUCUAAUUUGCAUUUUUUUCCCAAAAUGCUAUGUCAUUGUGUUGCGACCAGAACUGAAUAACAGGGAACAAUUAAUUAGAAGAAAAGAAUGAUAAAAAUCAUUUGUUGUAUUCUUGAUCAGUCUUCUGGGGACAGAUUCUGUUUCUGUAUUCAUAGUAGAAGAUUUUGGAAAAUAGUACUUUUAGCUACUUGUCUAUAUACAUUUUUCUUCACUGAAACUUUGAUUUCUGUGCCUAUGUUAUUAAACUUAAGCUGUGGACCAGCUCUCUA